GUGCGUUGCCUCACGAACUCGCCACGCCACUCGCCACAAGACACAUACCACUCGCAACCCGAUCUCAACCUCGACUCAUCUGAUCUUCAUCCGUAAACACCAAAACCAAGAAAAAAUGAGGGAAUGCAUCUCAGUCCACAUCGGCCAAGCCGGCGUGCAGAUCGGGAAUGCGUGCUGGGAGCUGUACUGCCUGGAGCAUGGCAUCCAGCCCGAUGGCCAGAUGCCUUCUGAUAAGACUCUGGGGGGAGGGGAUGACUCCUUCAACACCUUCUUCAGCGAGACAGGCGCUGGCAAGCACGUGCCGAGGGCCGUGUUUGUGGACCUGGAACCGACUGUUGUUGACGAGGUGCGUACCGGCACGUACCGGCAGCUGUUCCACCCGGAGCAGCUCAUCACGGGCAAGGAGGACGCGGCCAACAACUACGCACGUGGCCACUACACCAUCGGCAAGGAGAUCGUGGACGUGGUGCUCGACCGCAUCAGGAAGCUGGCUGACCAGUGCACGGGCCUCCAGGGUUUCCUGGUGUUCCACUCAUUCGGUGGCGGCACCGGCUCCGGAUUCACGUCUCUGCUGAUGGAAAGGCUCUCCGUGGACUACGGCAAGAAGUCAAAGCUUGAGUUCUCUAUCUACCCCGCGCCACAGGUGUCGACCGCCGUCGUGGAGCCGUACAACUCUAUCCUGACCACGCACACAACGCUGGAGCACUCGGACUGCGCGUUCAUGGUGGACAACGAGGCCAUCUACGACAUCUGCCGCCGCAACCUGGACAUCGAGCGGCCCACCUACACCAACCUCAACAGACUCAUUGGACAGAUCGUGUCGUCAAUCACCGCAUCGCUCCGUUUCGACGGCGCGCUCAACGUCGACCUCACUGAGUUCCAAACCAACCUGGUACCCUACCCGCGCAUACACUUCCCGCUGGCCACAUACGCGCCCGUCAUCUCCGCCGAGAAGGCCUACCACGAGCAACUCACUGUGGCUGAGAUAACCAACGCCUGCUUCGAGCCCGCUAACCAGUUGGUGAAAUGCGACCCGCGUCACGGAAAAUACAUGGCGUGCUGCAUGUUAUACAGAGGCGAUGUGGUACCGAAGGACGUAAAUGCUGCGAUCGCCACAAUCAAGACCAAGAGGACUAUCCAGUUUGUGGACUGGUGUCCCACAGGGUUCAAGGUGGGCAUCAACUACCAGCCUCCGACGGUGGUGCCGGGCGGCGACCUCGCCAAGGUCCAGCGCGCGGUAUGCAUGCUGUCAAACACUACUGCCAUCGCCGAGGCGUGGGCCAGGCUUGACCACAAAUUCGACCUGAUGUACGCGAAGCGCGCUUUCGUGCAUUGGUACGUCGGCGAAGGGAUGGAAGAAGGAGAAUUCUCUGAAGCUCGCGAGGAUCUGGCUGCCUUGGAGAAGGAUUAUGAGGAAGUGGGCGUUGACUCCACUGAGGGUGAACUGGACGAGGAGAAUGAAUAUUAGGCUGAAAUAGUGGAGCGUUAGAUAAUAAGUAAAGCAAAAUAAAAUUGUGACAGUGACAUAAAAUUUUCCAGUGUUUCAAAUGCUUAAAUUUUUACCAUUUUGGUAGAAUUUUUAGGUGUAAAACAUAAUUAUUAAUAAAAAACCAGUGAUUCAGACGAUACAUACAUUAAGUUUUGUAUGUAAAUUAAGUUAACAAAUAAUUAGAUAUAAGCAAAGUAAUGUGAGCUUGUUUGAAUGUAACAGUACUAAUUAACAGUACAAACUUUAGAAAUGUUAUUUCCAAAAUUGGAAAUACAAAGUUUGUAUAGCUGUAACACGUGAAAAUUAAUUUUAAUUUGCGUUGCGCAUUUAUUAAUUAUAAAAAAAAACAGUGAUA